UGCCGAUUUGGGGCAAAAGCAGAGGCUUGGCCACACCCCAUUCGCUACGCCUCAACCACCCCAUUCCGGGUCUCUCUCUCCAGGCCGGCGGCCGCAUUCCCCUUCCCCUCCUCUGCUCCGGCAACCAAGACAAGAUGGCUUGCGGCGGCAAGAAGGCGAGGGUUGAAUCGCCGGCGGCCGACAUGACUCUCGGUUAGGACGAUCUGCAGGUCAAGGAAGAGGAGGAAACCGCAGCGAUGAUGGUGGUGGCCGCCGCCGCCAACGCCGCCGCCCCGCGAGUGGAGAUCGUCGUCGAGUUCGACAAGUCCCUGCUGGACUGCCCCCUCUGCUCGCUGCCCCUCAAGCCGCCCGUCUUCCAGUGCCCGGCGAAGCACGCGGCGUGCGGCCCCUGCGCCGCGAACCACGCCAACAAGUGCCCGGCGUGCGACGAUGGCGCGUACGAGCGCGACGAGGCGGCGGACCGCUACCUCCUGGCGGUCAGGGUGCCCUGCCCCAACCAGGCGUACGGCUGCGGGAGCUCCGUGGUGUACUGCAUGGUGGGCGACCACCGUCUGGUGUGCCCGCACGCGCCGUGCCGCUGCCCGGAGCUCGGCUGCGGCUUCCUCUGCCCGCCGCCAGCGCUCCGCGCCCACCUCGCCGAGCGCCACGCCUGGCCCGUGACCGGCAUCGCGUACGGGUCCGUGCUGGAGGUCCAGAUGCAGCCCGCGGAGCAGGGGCGGCGGCUGCUGUCCGCGGAGGGCGGGGAGUGGCUGUUCCUGCUCGUGGCGAGCGAGCGCGGCGUCAAGGUGGUGCGCGUGAGCUCGGCCGCGGACGAGGAAGGGCAAGGUGUGGGUGCACGCGCCCGUGGACACGGACACCGGCCACAUGGACGUCCAGAUGCUUGACGCCAAGAUGGGGAGCUGCGCGGUGCCCUCCGCGGAGGCGGCCAUGGGCGCCGGUGGUAGGUACCUGCCGGUGCCGUCCGACGUGCCGGCGCCGGAAGGAGGAGGGAUCGUCAUCCGUCUCCGCAUCGACAAGGAGGUCAAGGUCAGGGCGAGCAGGAGCCCCCGUUCCCGUGCCUGAUUGGACAUUGUUGCCAGCUUCGGUUCUUUAUCCCUUAUCUAACUAAGUAGUGCUCAAAGGUUGGACCUUGGCGAUUUGGUAGUGAACUGGUGGUGGUGAUCAAAGGUUGGACCUUGGUUGAUUCUGUCCAUGGCAAUUUUUGCCAAUGUAUCGCGCAGGCUAUGCUGCUGAUGACUGGUACGUAACUAGUAAUCCAACUUGGCCUGUUCAUGUCGAUUGCUUGCCUCUCAUUUUAC